AUGUGUAGUAAUAAGGUCCCCGUUGUUGGUGAACAACAACAAGAAGAAGGAAGCCAAGAAGAGCAGUCUUCAAUAAGAGAUGAAGAGAUUAAAUAUUUGAUAUCCAAACAAUAUUCCAAUAAAUCAAUAGCAAUAACAUUAUCAUCAACUUUCUUAUCCCUGAAUAUUCCUUUGAAUGAAAUAUUAAUUAAUCUGGAAAAUAUGAUAUUUAUAAUUCCACCAAAUUUAAGUGAAAAAGAUUUAGAUAUUAAUAUACCACCAAAUUUUAAAUUAUUAAAAUGUUCAAAUGUUCAAGGAUAUUUACAAAUGUUAAAGAAUUUAAAACCAGAUUUAUUAUUUUUAUGUAGUGAUGAUUUAGGUAUAAAUUUUAUGAAUUUAAAUAAAGAUUUAAGAAUGUUUAUUAAAACAAUUAUUAAUGUUGAUCAAAAUAAGAAUGAUAUCUAUGAUAAGAUUAAAGUGAUAUUUGAUUAG